AUGACUGACAUCGGUUCUUUCUUUCUAAUAAGUAUGCGUAUCGAUGAAAUAGAGGUAAACUGGAUUGAGUCUAUAGUUACAUUAUUAACUGGCAUGUUUACCUCUGUAAUUGAGAUGAAUGACUUGACAGUGAACUGGAAAAAUGCUGAACAAGGUAUCUCAAGUCGUAGCCGUCAUAUCUAUUCUUUCCUGGACUUGUCAAGCAAUAAGCUGUCAGGUGACAUUCCAGUUUCAUUAGGGAAUCUCAAGGGCCUUAAGUUACUCAAUAUUUCCAAUAAUAAACUUUCUGGAUACAUACCACAAAGUUUUGGGGAUCUUGAGAGUAUAGAGACCUUGGACCUAUCAAGAAAUAAUAUCGUUGGUACAAUUCCACAAUCGUUUACAAAGCUAAAGCAGAUAUCUGUGUUAGAUGUGAGUAACAACAAGCUAAGUGGCCAGAUACCACGGGGUGGACAAAUGGACACGAUGAAUGAUCUGAGUCAUUUCGCUAACAAUAGUGGAUUAUGUGGGAUGCAAAUCAGGGUGAAAUGUUGGAAAGAUGAGCCAACACCAGGUGAUGCACAAGAAGAUAAUGAUGGUGAUGGUAAACAAGCGCCCUGGUUCUUGUGGACAGGACUGUGGAUUGGAUUUCCGCUUAGCUUUAUUGCAUCAGUGUCGACAAUAUUUCUUAGUGGAUAUUUUGUUAUACCAACAUUAAAGUACCACUGUUGUAAUUAUGUAAAUCAGAGUUUGUGUAUAUCAGAGUUUGUGUAUAUGUUUCAGUGUGUGAGGUGUGGAACAGAAUAA